AUGAAGUGGAUUGUUAGUCGAUCUUAUAAUCGUGAUGCUCUCCCCAUUUCAAUCUGGUUCUUGACAGUCGAUCAUCCAUCUGUCUUUCCUUCUUCUCUUCCCACCCCCUGCAAGUCUGGAACCAGUGCGCCCGACCGACCGGCAGCUAUCAAUUCAAUCUCCCUGCUGAUCCCUCCGUCGCGGAUCCGGGGAUCUCCUUUUGUUGGUCUCGAUCAUUAUUUUUAUUGGAUUUUACUCAUUUUGAAUUUGAUUUUUUGGGGUGCAAUGCGCCGGACUAUUGACAGUCUUGACUUGACAUGGGAUGCCAAUGAUGGGAUCGGACUGUUGCUGCAUUCAGUCAUUGUCAUUCCUUUCAUCAUUAUUCAGCCAGGAUGGAUGGAUGAUGGUGCAGUGAACAAGUAA